UGUCAGCUGGAGACUCAACACAGGAGAGGCGUGAGACAUUCACAUCGCCUGAGCACCAGUCUAAACCUGAACCUGUUUGGCUGGGGCAGUUGGAUCAGAAGCUGAAGCCAGACCACUCUGCUCCUCAAACACUCUCCAGGGCUUCCCAGAGGACGUGGGUUAUUGAUGAACUGGACAAAGGGCAGAGUUGGACCCCAGGGACUGUGUAUCCCUGUGAUGGCUGUCCUUCUGCUGGAAGCCUGCCAGGCACGCCCCAUCCCUGACUCCAGCCCCCUCCUCCAGUUUGGGGGCCAAGUCCGACAGAGACACCUCUACACAGAUGACCACCAGAACACUGAAGCCCACCUGGAAAUUAGGGCAGAUGGCACUGUGGUGGGUGCCACACACCGUAGCCCGGAAAGUCUCCUGGAGCUCAAAGCCUUGAAGCCAGGUGUCAUUCAAAUCUUGGGAGUUAAAGCUUCAAGGUUCCUUUGUCAGAGGCCAGAUGGAACCCUGUAUGGAUCGCCUCACUUUGAUCCAGAGGCCUGCAGCUUCCGAGAGCUGCUCCUUGAAGAUGGAUAUAAUGUCUACCAGUCUGAAGCCCAUGGCCUCCUGCUGCGCCUGCCCCCUCGGGACUCCACAAACCAGGACCCAGUAUCCUGGGCACCUGUGCGUUUCCUGCCCCUUCCAGGCCUGCUCCAAGAACCCCAGGAGCCCCCUGGAUUCCUGGCCCCUGAACCCCCUGACGUGGACUCCUCCGACCCUCUGAGCAUGGUGGGUCCUCUGCAUGGCCACAGCCCCAGUUAUGCUUCCUGAACUAGAGAUGUUCAUUUUGGGGUUUCCUCUUAUUUAUUGUGGGUAUUUAUCUUAUUUAUUUUUUUAUUUUUCUUACUUGGGAUAAUAAAGACUCAGAGAAGUA